GCCACGCUGGCGCAGCUGGAGGUGCUGCUGCAGGACCCCGGCCUGCACCGCGCCUUCCUCGACCACGACGGCUUGCCGCACCUGCUGCGGGUCGUCACGCGCGCCAUCAUGCGGGAGCCCGACCUGACGCACGACGUCAGCCUGCUGCCGCACUGCGUGGCCAUACUGCGUCACCUGGCGCUCUUCUCCGCCGGCUGCCGGCACCACCUGGGCGACGACGGACAGUUGCAGCUGCUGCUGGUCCGCGUACUGCUGAUGUUCCGGCUGGACGCGCAGGUGCGCGCUGCCGCCGUGCAGCUGCUGCUGGCCAUCAGCCUGGACGGCCAGCUGAUCUGUCGGCGCGCGCGUGGCCAGCUGUGGCAGCUGACCGUGCCUGAGCUGCUGGCCACGGCCCUGCGGCUGCCAUUCGUUACAACCGUCCGCGAGCGCCGCCGGCUGGUGACCGCUGACACGGCCGUGCCCCUGGCGCCAGAGCGCCGCCAGCUGCGGGUCAGCUGCGCCGGUCUCCUGCGCACCGCCUGGGGCCUGGCCUGGCACGGCGCCCUGGCAGCCCAGCCCGCCCACGCCGAGUACAGAGCCUUGGCGCUGCUGGUGGAACACAGCCGGCUGUUCACGGAGACGCUGGCUCGGGCGGCCGGCGAGCACCAGCUGGGCCACCACGAGACCGCACUCAGGGAAUGA